AUGUGCUUUUCCAACACCAAGCAUGUUUGUGAAGGAGUUCCCGUCUCUUCCCUCCGCAAAGGCCUCAACAUUCGGUUCGAGUGGAAGUGCAGCAAUGCCCAAACUCAGAUGCUCCGUCACAUGGCCUUGCAUGAGGUGACGAAGCAAAACUGUACGCAAUCCACGCGGCUAUCUACUGGUGGAUGGUCUUCUGAAUGGCCUGCUUGGACUAAGAACUGGCUGAAGAUGGACUGGACUGGCGAUACUUCGCCGCCCAGUGACGUUUCUCAGGGAGGAGGCAUAAUCAUCGACUUGACCGACCUGAAGGAGACUCUCGCCGAGGCCGUACCUACCGCUGAGAUGGCCAUGACGAUGAACCCUUCUCCGAUCUCGCCUCCCGAGUCGGUCGACAUCGUCAUGCCAGAUGCAUGCGAUAUACCGGCUGUCUUUGAGACCACCGGGUUUCCCAUGACGCCUCAGGACUCCCCAAUCGGAGGGUUUAGACCGCAGGGCAUGUUUUCGGAUCACCUGCCCUCCAGCUCGACAACCAGCUUUAAUCAGACGUUUUUUCAGGGACACACCCCAUCAGUCACUUCUGUGACAUCCUUCAACCCUACUUUGGCAUCUCACCAUGGGAAUCAGGGAGAUGCCACGCCGGUACACUAUACGGCAUUAAACCAGACUCUCGCACCCAACUUUGCACAGUUACACAGUACACCCACGUCAUGCACCUCGUUCAACCAAGUCUUCCUCCCACGCGAGGCCAGAAUGACUCCUCCCACAAGCCCUCCAAGUUGGCAGCCCUCUUGGUUUGGAAUUCCACGGACGAAUAACGAGCCUGUCCACCAAGUGCAUCACCCGAUGCCGUCCAUCGCCACUUCCAGCUUCCAACAACGCCAGGGCAUCGUUUCUGGCCCCAGCCACGCGAGGAGUCAGCCAGGAACAUGUUGUCCUCAGUCAACCCAACACCAAGAUCAACGACAGGCUGGGCUCGUCGGACCUUCAGCUGAUAUUAUUGCACCUGACUCUCUUGCGGCUGCUUAUCGUGCCGCUGCUCCAUCUGUAACCUCCUUUAACCAAACCGCUAUCUGGGAUAUACAAAACGGAACGUCCUCGCACGCACCGCCCGUCGCUAUUGAGAAUAUCAUGGAUGGAGCUUCAUCGUAUGCUCCAACUGCUAUAACGCAAACUCGAAAGCAAAUCCCCGCCCUCUCCCAGAUCCCCGAAGACGAGACUGUACUUGCUUCUCGCGUUGAACUUUGGCGCCAGAAUGUCAACUCGCCUAUGGUCGAUCUGGUCAAGGUCAAAGUCGCCAUGCUGCUUCAAAUCUCUCUGAGGAAGAAGUUAAAGAUCCGAAUUAAGACUAAGCAGGCAUAUGCGAUCUGUGAAAGCAUUCAAGGAGCGCUGAUGAGCAUCCACGAGAUGAGGCGGAGCCGAGCUGCAAGCAUAUCGACCAUGGCCAGGAAGAAGAUCGGCCUGGGGCUUGUGAAGCCAAGUUCGGAAGAUAUAGAUCAUCUCUACGUCAAACUUGAAGAGAAGCAAAGCGAAAUUGCGAAGCAUGGGGAGAGCAUAUUGAAGGAAGUGAUGGAGGUGGGCAAGUGCACUUUUCGCAGCGAUGGGCGGAGCGCUGUUGAUGGUAUUAUGAGGCUUUGA